AGAUGCUGCACAGGCGCACACCUCCUCCACACAAGGAAAGGGCAGGGCCCGAUGCAAACACAGUAAAACGGGCACGGGGAGGGAGAAGACGCGCAAGCACGCAUCACGGCGUUUCCCCCGGAAGACGUAAGGACGCCUACGGGGUCCUGCUGCUCCUGUACACGCGCGCCAACACGCUUCCACGCAGGCGCCGCACGGAAAAAACCUUUCUCGCCUGGGUUCACGGGCCCGGCGAUGGCGGAGGAGAUACUUGGUCUUAAAGGCCAAUCCGAGGGCAGUGGGACUGCGGAGACCGGAACUUCGGAACGUGGAGUGGCGCCCAUCAAACCCCAGUACCUCACUACAAAGGAACAGUUCCAUACCUUCCUUGAAACCAGAGGGAAAAAAGCUGAACAGGCUGUGGGGGAGCCAAACAGUGAAAGAGCUGAGAAAGUGUUGUCUGUUUGCUGCAACUCAUCUGAGCCUGGAGCCAAAAGAUUCAAGCUUGAUGAUGGAAAAGUGGAGAGUCUGGAAAGUCAGCCUUCAGGAGUGGGAGUUGGGGAGCCCCAGCAGAAAAAGAAAGCCCGAGGCCAGAAUAAAAGUAGACCCCACAUGAAGCCAACCCACUAUGAUGACAACAGGUUAUGCCCAUCCUUGGUUCAGGAGUCAGCUGAUAAAUGCUUCUUUGGUGAGCGAUGCCGCUUUCUGCAUGACGUGGACACUUACUUGGCCUCCAAACCCCCAGACCUUGGGGACAAGUGUGUCCUGUUUGAGACCUUUGGGAAAUGCAUCUAUGGUGUGACGUGCCGUUUUGCCAGGGCCCACCUGGGGCCCCAGCACCAGAACCUGGUGAAGGAGGAGCUGGUGAAACAAUGGGAGGGCCAGAAACUCACAAGCAAUGGUCUCAGCAAAGACCUCCAGCAUCGACUUCGAAAGAAGAAAGUCCAGUUUGACCACUCAGAGAAGUACCUGAAGCAGCUGUCUAAGUCAGGAAGGGUAGGGACUGGGAAAGACCAGAUUCCGAUUCCUCCAGCUGGGCCAGAGGCACCCAAGGGUGAACAGUCUGAGGCUUACAUCGACUUUCCAGGACACAUGACCCAGAAUUCUGCCAGUGGUGAUGCCAGAACCACCCCCCAGAGAAACAUUGUCUGUUCCUCAGGGCACCUGACUGAUGAGGACCUUAUCAAACUCCGGCCCUGUGAGAAGAAAAGGCUAAACAUCCAAAAUAAGCUGUACCUGGCCCCGCUCACCACGUGUGGCAAUCUGCCCUUCCGAAGGAUCUGCAAGCGAUUUGGAGCUGAUGUGACCUGUGGGGAGAUGGCUGUGUGCACCAACCUGCUUCAGGGUCAGUCCUCAGAAUGGGCCCUGCUCAAACGACACCACACAGAAGACCUCUUUGGUGUCCAGCUGGAGGGAGCCUUUCCUGACACUAUGACCAAGUGUGCAGAGCUGCUGAACCAGACCGUGGAGGUAGACUUUGUGGACAUCAAUGUCGGCUGCCCCAUAGACCUUGUGUACAAGAAGGGUGGGGGCUGUGCCUUAAUGAAUCGCUCCAACAAAUUCGAGCAGAUUGUCCGAGGGAUGAAUCAGGUGCUAGAUGUGCCUCUGACAGUGAAGAUCAGGACAGGGGUGCAGGAGAAAGUCAACUUAGCCCACCGGCUUUUACCUGAACUUCGAGAGUGGGGAGUAGCCCUUGUAACGCUCCAUGGCCGCUCCCGGGAGCAGCGUUACACCAAGGGGGCCGAUUGGCAGUACAUCCAGCACUGUGCAGAAGUGGCCUGCCCAAUGCCCCUGUUUGGAAAUGGAGACAUUUUAUCUUAUGAAGAUGCCAAUCGUGCCUUGCAGACUGGUGUUUCUGGGAUCAUGAUUGCUCGAGGUGCCCUCAUCAAGCCAUGGCUCUUCACUGAGAUCAAGGAGCAGCGGCACUGGGAUAUCUCCUCUGGAGAGCGUCUGGACAUCUUACGGGAUUUCACCAACUAUGGCCUGGAGCACUGGGGCUCUGACACCCAGGGUGUGGAGAAAACCCGCAAGUUCCUACUCGAGUGGCUGUCUUUCUUGUGCAGGUACAUCCCAGUGGGUCUGCUGGAACAUCUGCCUCAGAAAAUCAACGAGCGACCUCCCUAUUACUUGGGGCGAGAUUACCUGGAGACCCUGAUGGCCAGCCAGAAUGUGGACGACUGGAUCUCCAUCAGUGAAAUGCUCCUGGGGCCAGUCCCACCUGCCUUCACCUUCCUGCCCAAGCACAAAGCCAACUCCUACAGGUAGCAGUCUGAAGUGGAGCCACCAGAGGGAAACCCUGACCCUGCCUUCCCUCCUUUCAACACACAUAUCCCAGCAGGGUUCUGAGCCCAACAGGUCAGGCCCUUGUUCAUGAAAAAAAUAAAUUUUAAUGUUUUAGAAAUCCAA